CUCACACUCUUCUUGUCCACCAGGGUACCACAAAAACCCCAAUGGCACCACUCACCAUAUCAGUCUAUUUGCCAGUGCAGACUUCAACCAGCAUACUGAACCUCAGUCGAUUGGGGGUCAUAAAGUCUCAAACACAACGGUGCUCACAGGACAGUGUGCACUUAGCUAUG